AGACAGUGUACAUUUCUGAUCGAUUUUAACAAUGAGAAACACAAAGCUUCAACCUGUAAUCAACCAUUUGUUGAUUCUAUUAAAAAACAUGACACUUUGGACCAAGUACUCGGUUAGCUUAUUACUAGAGCCAGCCCUGUGUUGGAGCACGAUUGUUACAAACAAAGUUGUUCGCUCGCUCUAAGAAAUUCGAAAAGAAAUUAGCUGUAGGAUAUUGUCAUUUUCAUGAAACGUUCUAUUCCUGGUAUUACGUGUGUAUAUACAUCUAUGUAAAAUAUUUAGCAAAGUAAACGAUUUCAUUAAUAUUUGCAGAAACGACGAUAACCCGCGGCUAACUAAUUUCAGAACGUGACUUUUAUAUUAGAUGGCGGUAAAAAUGGCACGUUUGAUUUUAACAUGUAACACCGCUAUCUAUUCGUUUCGUGUGCAAUUCUGUCUUAUAACCUAGAAUCUUGACACAUCGUGGACAGCGUUGUGCGAAUUGUGAACGGACGAUUAACGCCGGGCAAAGUCUACGAAUUUUUGUUAAAACAUAACAGUGGUAUCGACGGAUCGCUUAUCGAGGUGAACGUAGACAUUAAAACGAGAAAUCACGUACAGGACGAGCAUGAAUUGACAGAAAUAACGUAUUGGCUCUGCAUUGUGUCGCGGUAUUUCUAAACGCGGGUUGGUUCUUUCUUUACCCGCCUCCUCUCCCCAUCCCCUAGACCCCUUCUGAAAAUCGCGCAGCAUCCUUGCGCGCGAAACACGCGUAUGCCGGGUGGACGCACAUUGUGUGCCUGUACUUCGUUGUAGAUACCUGUGAAUAGUGUAUUUUAAGCAUUAGUUUUACGAGAUGAGUGCGUGAAAAACCGAGUCGUUCGUGGUAAUCGCGAGGAGUACGAAUAACACCGAAUCGAACGGUCACGAUAUCGUAUGACUGGUCGGCGCAGCAGUCACCGCGGUGAGGUAAAACUCGUACCCGUGUGUCGAAAGACGUAACCACCAUUAAUUGUACCCCGUCGUGUUUCGGGACAUUCCCAACGAUUGGCGUUCUCGAACGACACGGCGCAUACGAAUUUCGCGUAUCUCUCGAUAUUCCUUUCCCCCCUUUGCUUGUCCUACCCCUAAUUUCCUUUCCGUCGGUGAACAAGCACUCGUCGUUUUUUGUAUGUUUCAUUCCUUUUUUUUUUUCCACGUCCAUCGACAUCCCCCCAGUUUCGUUCGUUCGUCGGCAGAGCAGCAGUUGUGCCGAUUGGUAAAAUUCGAGAGGCUCCGACUCGAAGCGAGUCGCGUUCGUUGGACGAUUCUCUUUGUGUUCGCAGUUACGUUUUUCGUGUCGUCCGACAGUGUUGUCAAAAAUCCGGCAGCACCGCUCGCGGCCAGCUGCCAUUGCUGUACACUGUCUGGCGUUCUUGGUCGCGGCAUCGUAAUAAAUAUCGUUAUUCACGGUGGUGAUCCGUCUACCUCGUUGCCGUCGUGUUCGUCGUCAGCAUCGUCGUCGUGGAAACAACGGAAGAUGCCGCACUGAUUGAGAGUCGCACGUUUCGGAGCAUGUUCGUGGUACAGACGUAGCUGGGGCGAUUCUACCUUUGGCUCCGGACGCCGGUUCUGAGCGAGCUAACCUUCGCGUCGGGGGUUCCUCUUAUCUGUCGGAUCGUCGAUCAUCGGUGCCCGUGGCAGCGGUACAGAUUGACAGAACGAUGAAGUGGCUCGGUGCGAGUAGCGCUGGUGCUGCGGGUGAACCGGCACCUUCUGUGCAGUUACACCAUCCUUCUGCGAACGGACAUAUACCCGCGGAUGGAGAGCAAUGCGGACAAGUAAUGGCUGGUGGUGAUAGUAUGCGUAUACAACCCGGUCAAACGCAUCAAAUAGGUGUAAGCAGAACGCAAGAUGAUGCAAUGGUGGGUUACGUGUUCCAACGACCCACAGAACCAGAAUUUAAUGCCCAAUCUUCGAGUUUUCAAACAAAACAAGCCCCGCGUGCGUGGGCUCUUGCAGACGAUGCUAUAAUCGAUAAUAAUCCAGAGAAAUGGAAAUAUCCCAUUACCAAACUGAGUGUACCACAGCAGAAUCAACCUCAACAAUUGGGAUUGCAAACUAUGAACAAUGUUCAUCUUCCCUAUGAGAUACAUCCUAUGCAACUAAAAAGCGGUGGACCUGGAGCAGAACAUUUAGUUUAUCUAAAUAAUCAGAUGACAGCUCAGCAACAAGUUGCCCUUUUUCACCAUCAGCAACAACAACAACAGCAACAACAGUUUAGGAAUGGACAGAUCGCUCCCUCGGCAAAAAAGCUCUGGGGUGUGGACGAGGGCGGCUCCAAGGACGAAGGGGGUGUAAAAGGCGGUGGGAUACUUCACCUGGGCGACCACCAGAUGUGGCGAGAUUCUACCUGGAGCACCUCAGAUCAUGCCGUGUCACAGCCAAUUUCCAUGGGCACCGGUAGACGCGUGGGUGUGGGGACGGGGUAUCACCACCAGACGUCAGAAGUUGGAACAGUCCUCAGUCCAAGAAGCAGCGAAACGGGUGGUCUGGGGGUCAAAAUGGUCGAAUACGUCCUUGGAUCGAGCCCCACGACGCCCAAAGAUUUAGAACCUAGAAUGGUCUCCCUGAGAUUGAACACCGACGCGGACAAGAAAGAAAAAGAGAAGGGCUCGGCAAGUCCUUUCGACAGUUCUAAAGACGACACAGGUCCACAGAAUAACGGAUUAGCAUCGCAAAACGGUCUCGAUGAUGACAAAGGCUUUAACCGUACACCUGGCAGCCGCCAGCCCUCGCCCGGGGAAGAAGAAUUCCAAAAGAACGCUGCGGCGACCUUAGCCGUGAGCGCUGGCGGUGGCGGUGUGGUGUUGCUGAAGCCCGGCGUCGACGUGGUCGGCAGCGAGGAGCAUUUCAUGGCCGCGUUCGCUCCAGCACCGCCUCACCAUCUUCAACAUCACCAAGCGCCACCGACCCACCAUCUACAGCAUCCACAUUCGCACGCUGCGCAGCUCUUUGGUGCGCAGGCUCCGCCGCCCCCGCAGGGUCCGCCGCCGUCGCAACAACAACAACAGCAACAGGGACCGCCGCAGCCGCAAGACACCACCACUCACUUUGACGUUCAGGUAAGCCCCGUCGACGUAUUCUCUGCGAAUUCCCAACGACAAUUUCCCGUCCCAGGUAUUUAUCGUAAUUAUUCACCGUCAACAAAAUGUCACUUAAAGGUACUAUUUGUACCACGACCAUAUGACCUCUUUCUCGAGUCGUUGCUACUUUCCUUUAACGUGUUCAAGGAGAGUAAACAAAAAUAAUUAAUGCAACGAUGCAGUGCUACCAUAAUUGCUUUUGCAGGGCCGCGGAGGGCGAUAUACGUAAUUGCUUUCUUGAGCUCGCCACCGAAAGGUCACGCGGAUUACAUCGAACGUUAUAUUCAGGGAUUAGGAUCGCGAAAUUUGUUCCGUCGAUAGGCUAAACGAUACUUAACAAAUUGGGAAAUUUCCCUGGUCCCUCGGUUCCAUUAAUUACGACCAUGUUUAAUUUGACUAACGAGCUUCUUCGACGAGCGAGACCCUGACGGUUCUUCGCUGCACUCGAUUAUUCUUAUCGCGACGAAUUUCCGGCUGGUGGGCUGUUCUUUUCUUUUUUUUUUUACUCCGGAAGCCGCCUCUUCCGCUGGUUCUCUCUCGGCGGAGGAAAAUCACGCAUAGGCGUCGUUCUUAAUACGUAUCACGGGUGGCACGAUUAAUACUCGUUACAGGUCGCGCGAGCGAGGAUAACGUUUUAUCGAUCCUGGCCGAGGGCUGAAUGCAAAACGGGCCGACCGCGUUGUUUUCGCGUUUUAUUCUCCAACGAACGCUCCGAUCGUUCUCUAAAGGCAGAGAUGGGGCGAGAUUCUUAUCUAGAUGAGAAUCUCGAGCGACGAACAAAAGGCCAACAACUGCCCGUCCGUUUCCUCUCGAAUGGAAAAUGAAAAUUUGAAUUAUAGAAUGGAGCAUCUCGCGGCGAAGAAACAGAUAUUUUAGUUCGAAUCGAUGAACCACGUUCGAUCAAAAUGUUGCCCGUGUCCACCGCGAACACCGCACGUUUCUAAACGGGACAUCGCGUUAAAACGUUUUGCAUAAUUUACUCAACGAAUUUGCACGCCAAUCUACCGAGAAAGGCGUCAAGUCGCCGAACGUAGCGUUGUAUUGGCGAAAUUCGACGACCGGUCACGAUACACUUAGCCGACCUACGUCUCAAGCGACAAGGAAAUCUGUAAUUCGUAUAAGUGACACGUUAUUCCUUUAGGGGUGGACAGUAGAGCAGCGCGUAGAGUAGAGGUUUUUUAUGGUUGGAUUAGGGCCGGCUAACAAAAAUAUGAAAUAUGGAAAUAGCCUAGGGCGAACAAAUAACGAAUAAGAUAAGUUCAAUAACAAAUAAAAAGGGGAACGAAUAGUUGGUAGCUCCCCAGCUAAGCACUAUAAACUCAACAAACAAACAAUUACUCUACCGUCGCCAUCUUAAGUCCAGGCUCGUUCCGAUACAAUACUCAUCGACACGGUUAAAUGAAACAUGACUAGAGAAAAGUGAUCGAAUAAUUCAAACAAUUCUAGCUCAAUUUAUUAUACCUUUACUCUUCCGUCAGGGGCGGACAGUAGAGCAGUGCAUAGGAUUAAUCGACAACCACUCUGAGAGCUUGAGUUCAAAUCCUGGUCGGUCCGCCCAGGUUUUUUAUGGUUGGGUUAAGGAUGGCUAACAAAAUUAUGAAGUAUAGAAAAAGCCUAGGGCGAAAAAAUAAUGAACAAGAUAAGUGCAAUAACAAAUAAAAAGGGGAACGAAAUAGUGUAGGACUCUGGCUGAAAGAAAGAGAUCUUUUUAAAAUAGAGCUAGUUUAAUACUCUGUACAAGGGUCGCCGCGAUACUGUGGUUCAGGCAGCCACGCUCUAUACGCAUAUUAAGCUGGCGUAGCUAUUUCAAAAGGCCAAUGCCAAAUUAACACGAUACUUAUUUGCUAAUUAUUUGCUAAUUAUUUGCCAAAGAAUUAAUUUUUUUGCUCCAGCCGUUUUCGAGAAACAAUGGCUAUGCUAGCGUAAUAUCAAGCUAGCGUAGCCACUUAUGUAUCUCUGUACCUAACAGGGAUAUCAAUUCCAUUCUUGCAGCACAAAAAUUCAUAUUCGGUGGAUUAAGAGGAAAUAAAUAGCAAAUAAAUAUGCCGCAAAGAUGGCGUCGAUAUCUUUGUUAUGUCUUAUGAUACAACAUGUGGCCACGUUAGCUUAAUAUUAAGCUAGAGCAGCCACAGUUUUUCGAAAACGACUGGGGCAAAAAAAUUCAUAUUCGGUGGAUUAAGAGCAAAUAAUUAGCACAAAAAAAAAUAUGCUGCAAGAAUGGAAUCGAUAUCCCUGUUAGGUACAGAGAUACAUAUAAGUAGGUACACUAGCUU